GCCCGGGGCGGGGCCUGCGGCCUCCCCGGGGAAGGCCCCGACUGGGGGCGGGAGGCUGGCGGAUAAAAAGCCCCCAGGGCGCCCCGAGAGGCCCGUUAGCGCUGCUCGGCUGUGGCGCCGGCCCAGCCUCAACCUCCGGAUCCAGCCGGUCUCCUGAAGUCACCGUGAUGUGGCCCCCACCAGCCACCUUCUCUCUGUUCCUGCUGCUGCUGCUAGGCCAAGCCCCUCCCUGCAGGCUACAGUCCUCAGGCACCAAGAAGCUCAGGCUGGUGGGUCCAGCGAACAGGCCAGAGGAAGGCCGCCUGGAGGUGCUGCACCAGGGCCAGUGGGGCACUGUGUGUGAUGACGACUUCGCGCUCCAGGAGGCUACUGUGGCCUGCCGACAACUGGGCUUUGAGUCAGCCUUGACCUGGGCACACAGUGCCAAGUAUGGCCAAGGGGAGGGCCCCAUCUGGCUGGACAAUGUGCGAUGUUUGGGCACCGAGGACACCCUGGACCAGUGUGGAUCCAACGGCUGGGGCGUCAGUGACUGCAGACACUCAGAAGAUGUUGGGGUGGUAUGCCACCCACAGCGCCAGCGUGGCUACCACUCUGAGAAGGUCUCCAAUGCCCUCGGGCCCCAGGGCCGGCGGCUGGAAGAGGUACGACUCAAACCCAUCCUCGCCAGUGCCAAAAGGCACAGCCCAGUGACGGAGGGGGCUGUGGAGGUGCGGUACGAGGGCCACUGGAGGCAGGUGUGUGACCAGGGCUGGACCAUGAACAACAGCAGGGUUGUGUGCGGGAUGCUGGGCUUUCCCAGCCAGGGACCUGUCAACAGCCACUACUACAGAAAAGUCUGGAAUCUGAAGAUGAAGGACUCCAAGUCUAGGCUGAACAGCCUGACAAAAAAGAAUUCCUUCUGGAUUCAUCGGGUUGACUGUCUGGGGACAGAGCCCCACCUGGCCAAGUGCCAGGUACAGGUGGCUCCAGGAAGGGGCAAGCUUCGGCCAGCCUGUCCAGGUGGCAUGCACGCUGUGGUCAGCUGUGUGGUAGGGCCCCACUUUCACCCCCAGAAGCCGAAGCCCAGGCGCAAGGAGUCCCGUGCAGAGCAGGAGCUGAAGGUGCGCCUGCGCUCUGGGGCUCAGGUGGGUGAGGGCCGUGUGGAAGUGCUCCUGAACCGCCAGUGGGGCACAGUCUGUGACCACAGGUGGAACCUCAUCUCAGCCAGCGUCGUGUGUCGUCAGCUUGGCUUUGGCUCUGCCCGGGAGGCCCUUUUUGGGGCCCAGCUGGGCCAAGGUGAGCAAGGAGGUAUGGGGUGUGCAGGACGGUCCAGAUGUGCCACGGGCUCUCUUGGCAGCCUAGAACAGAAAGUUCACUCUCCAGGGAGGGCAGGUCACGGGUGUGGUUUACAGAGAAGCCUCACACUCUUCCCUGCAGGCUUAGGACCCAUCCACCUGAGUGAGGUACGCUGCAGGGGGUACGAGCGGACCCUCAGUGACUGCCUUGCCCUGGAAGGGUCACAGAAUGGUUGUCAACAUGCAAAUGACGCUGCUGUCAGGUGCAACAUCCCUGACAUGGGCUUCCAAAAUCAGGUGCGCUUGGCUGGUGGGCGCAACCCCGAAGAGGGAGUGGUGGAGGUGCAGGUGGAGGUGAAUGGGGUCCCACGCUGGGGGACUGUAUGCAGUGACCACUGGGGGCUCAUGGAAGCCAUGGUGACCUGCCGACAACUUGGUCUGGGAUAUGCCAACUUCGCGAUCCAGGACACCUGGUACUGGCAGGGGACACCAGAGGCUAAAGAGGUGGUGAUGAGCGGAGUCCGCUGCUCGGGCACAGAGCUAGCCCUUCAGCAGUGUCAGAGACACGGGCCUGUGCACUGCUCCCACGGCCCGGGGCGCUUCUCAGCUGGAGUCGCCUGCAUGAACACUGCUCCAGACCUUGUGAUGAAUGCCCAGCUGGUACAAGAGACGGCCUACUUGGAGGACCGUCCACUCAGCAUGCUGUAUUGUGCCCACGAGGAAAACUGCCUCUCGAAGUCUGCUGACCACAUGGACUGGCCCUACGGACACCGGCGCUUGCUGCGCUUCUCCUCACAGAUCUACAACCUUGGCCGGGCCGACUUCCGUCCCAAGGCUGGACGCCACAGCUGGAUUUGGCACCAGUGCCACAGGCACUACCACAGCAUCGAAGUCUUCACCCAUUAUGACCUGCUCACACUCAAUGGCUCCAAAGUGGCCGAGGGGCACAAGGCCAGCUUCUGUCUAGAAGACACUAACUGCCCCACAGGAGUGCAGCGGCGUUAUGCGUGUGCCAACUUUGGGGAACAGGGGGUGGCUGUAGGUUGCUGGGACACGUACCGCCAUGACAUCGAUUGCCAGUGGGUGGAUAUCACAGAUGUUCGGCCAGGGGACUAUAUCUUCCAGGUGGUCGUGAACCCCACAAACGAUGUGGCAGAGUCAGAUUUCUCCAACAACAUGUUGCGCUGCCGCUGCAAGUAUGAUGGGCAGCGAGUCUGGCUGCACAACUGCCAUACAGGUAACUCAGCCAUGGUGACAACAGCCUUACAUAGGAUGGAGCUGGAAACUUUAAAGGUGCACCCAGGUGUGACUUGUAGGUAUGGACAGAUGGCUAUGGAUGGAGGACAUUGGUCAGACCAUCAACCUCACCACCCAGCAACUACACUCCAUUAUGAAUUAAUUUCCAUUCUCUCAAAAUCUUUCCUGUCCUCUCAAGCCACAUCAAGAUUUUCUUUUCCUGGCUGGGUGUAGUAGUGUAUGCCUUUUAAAAUGCUUUUCCUGUCCAUACUUGUCCCUUUUCCUGUAGUGUUCCUGAACUGCCUUCUCAGGAAGUUCCCCUUGGUCUCUCCUGUCACCUCCAGUUAUAAACAGGGCAGAGAGAACUGUAGUGUCUGAGAGGCAGUGGAAGGGGGCAGUUGCCUUUUGUACAGAAUCCCUCCAUCUUACAGCUGAACAGUGCCUACGGGGGUCUGUGUAAGGGUAAGGUGCAGGGCUGAGCUGGCCUUCUUGUCAAUGUGUCUGACAGCAGGAUACAGGAACUCAGUGCAGUCGAGGGUGGACAGGCACACAGAUCCCCCUAACCUGGUGAGUCCCCCAAAAGGGUAUAAAGUAAAUGGGGAGCAAGCAGAAGCCUGGAGCUGGAUGAGAUCAGGAAGUGGUAUUGGAGUGGGGUUCUGGAAGUGGGGGAGCUACAGAAGACGAGCAUUCUGUGUGCCUGCCUUCUAAACUAGCCGCACCGCUCUAACCCAAGACAGGAAGUCUCACCCCGAGGGGUCUCUCCUUUACUAUUUUUAAAGGUUUAUUUUUAAUGAUGUGUGUGUGAAGGUAAGUGCACAGGUGUCAAGUGUCCCUGGAGCCCGAGGCCCUGGACUCCCCUGGAAUGGAGUUACAGGCCACUGAAGCCCUGCCACUAGUGCAUGCUGGGAGCCAGAGUCAGGAGCUCGAGAGCAGUGCAUACACUUAACUGCUGGGCCAUCCCUCCAGCUACAGAUUUUUUAAUUAAAAUUUUUUGUUUGAAACAGUCUGGUAUACAGUUCAGGCUGGCCUUGAACUUGGGGCACCCUCUGCCUCAGCCUCCUGGAGAAAGGCAUGUUUCACUUUGCCUGGGUAGUUUUCUUUUACAGAAACAGACUACGAGCUUCCAGAUCACUGAGGUGUUCUUCAGGGAGGGGUUACUGGAGGCUGUGUUGUGACAGAAAGGCAAUCCUGGGGAUCCCAAGGCCCUGGGGUUUGAGUCCUGAUUCAGCGACACUGAACCAGCAAUUUCUGGUUUCCACCUGAAACAGGGACACUGAUGCCUCCAUCCCAUGGGCUUCUAGGAACCACUGACAAAUUCCAGUCAAGGAACAAAGUUUGUUUUUAAAUUUCUUCUGCGGUCCUGAGUUCACUAGGCAGGCACCCCAUCACUGAGCUACAUCCCUAGCCUCGUUUGUUUUAAAAGUAACUCUGCCAACAAAUCGGGGAGAAUGAGAGGGAGCAUCUAAGCUUCCCAUCUGGGUAACUGAGCAGACUUUGCUGACUCUGAACAAGAACGUGAGAGGAAUUGGGACUGUGCACACAGAGCCUCCAUAUGCAGACUGCUAGGGACCCAGGGCAGUGACAAGAACAGACAAGCAAUGCCAGAAGGCAGAGCCCACUAGAGUCCUCACACAAGUGUGAGGGCUAACUGCAAUGCACCUCAACUUAUAUGACAAAAGCACAGAGAGGCCCAGAAAACAAGGGACACUGAGCCCAGAGAUAAAAGGAAUGGAAAACUACUGUCCCAGGUGAGCUUGCAGGGGGAAGGGCAUCUGCAAGCCAGGCGACAGCUAGUGCCAUGGAGGAGGGUGAUGCUGGUUGGAGCUGCAGUCACAGACAGUCCCUGCCACUGCAGAGCCACAGCAGAAGACAUGACUGGCCUCUCCUUCCACUCCCAACCCCUUGCUGCUGUUGAGUUACCAGGUAGAAACCAGGGGACAAGGCAAGUAGGGUGGCCAGUCCCCAGGGCACAGAAUGAACCUAGAGAGGGAGCAAAGAACUAGCAUAGCCCUUUCCACUCAGUAGACUGACUGUGUCUGUGCCUAUGACUGCCCUGAUGGAAAGGGGCUGUAGGGGUUUGACUACUUAAGCUAUUUCCCUUUGGCCCACAGGAGAUUCCUACCGACCCAAUGCAGAGCUCUCCCUAGAGCAGGAACAGCGACUCAGGAACAACCUGAUCUGAAGCCAUUGCUGCACACUCCCAGCUAUGCUUACACACCAGAUACCUCAGUUUAUUGGAGCCAUGCCCUUCACAGAGCCCUGACUCACAGGACAAGGGGCCAGUGACAAGGAGCACCAAGAACCUGCUCAGGAAGCCUUUUGAUGGCCAAUCACCACCUGGAUGGCAGCACUCUCAGGGUGGCUCUGGACCUCUUCCAAGUGCCUAUGGCCUAUACAGCAUGGCUCUGGCCAGCUAAGCCUUCUCUUCCUUAAGGAGACUCAAUCGAUCUUAAAAUUUGAUGCACAGUUCCCAGUUUCAGGAGCUCUAAGUUCCUUGGGAUGAACUGUGGCCAAGGCCCCCUCUAAGUGGUGCUUUGUAAACGUUUUGGAGGAGCAGAGGACCGAGGACCAAAGAACACAGGAAGUGGAGUCAGUUCUCCGUUACAAGCUCUGUGCAAAAUAACCAUGUCAAAGUCACAGCUGGCAGAGAAGUUGGUGACUGCAGUCCCUCACCUUAUCCCCACUCAGAACCCAUGUCUCACCCUCUGAAGCCUCUCCUUCAUUCUGUCACACACAGAGGUGUUUCUAAUACCUCUGAACCCUCAGGCCUCCCUCCAUUUCUGGAUGGAUCAGCAUCCCUGAUUACUGGGACUGGGGUGGGAGGCAAGUUUCACAGAAGUAGCAAGACAGAGCCUUUCCUGCAGAGUAGCAAGAGAUCAAGAGGACAGCUGAGGUCACAUAAACUCAGUCUGUUAGGAUCUCUGCCAAAAGAGACAACAGUAUGUCCCACAUCUGGCAGGCAGUCCAGUCUCUUUUAGAAUCACCCACAUUGCAGGGUUAGCCUAAACUUUAGAUUUCACCAAGGCUACUUCACCUUAAACAAACUUCUGCAACUGGGAAGAAGCUGGCCAAUCAAGUCACUCUGCAGGAACAAGAAGACAGGUCUGGGAGAGUUAGGGAAAGAAGACUGGGGAAACCAGAAGUGAGAAAGAACACUUCAUCAAGGACCAAGCCUGGGAAAGGCCACUAUUUGUGUGUGAGGUGGCUGUGCUCCGUUCCUGCUCAGGUGAUGUAAGACCCCAGGGUCUUCUUGGGUGUGUCUGGACAUUUUCUCCAAUGACAUGAGCACCGAUGAUCCUUCUAGGUCUUUAUAAUACCAAUAAAGUUUGCUCACUACGGACUGCUACAAAGACCAGA